GCAAACUUGUGCUUUGUAGACAUCGAUAACCAUUUCAUCGAACUGCCAGAGGAAUUCCCCCAGUUCCCCAACAAGCUGGAGUUUAUCCAGGAAAUCUCUGAGGUUCUCCUGCAGUUUGGGAUCCCACCGGAGGGUAACCUGCACUGCAGCGACAGUGCCACCAAACUCAAGAACCUGGUUCUUAGUGACUUGGUGAACGACAAAAAUGGGAACAUUCCUGGCAAUGCCCUCAACAUGUACGAGCUGCUGAAAGGCAAUGAGACAAUCGCCCGCCUGCAAGCUCUUGCCAAGAGAACGGGCGUGACGAUGGAGAAAAUGACUAUCACGGCUCCCCUCGCAGAGAAGGAGAAGGAUGGGAAAUUGCCGUGUGAGGAGGUGGAGCUGAGGGACUACAAACUGAACGUGCAGCUUCGCGAGGUUUUCGCCAACCGCUUCACACAGAUGUUUGCAGACUACGAGGCUUUCGUCAUUCAGGCUGCCCCCGAUAUGGAGUCGUGGCUGACAAACAGGGAACAAAUGCAAAACUUUGACAAAGCUUCCUUCCUUUCGGACCAACCUGAGCCUUACCUCCCAUUCCUUUCACACUUCAUCGAAACACAGAUGUUUGCAACCUUCAUAGACAAUAAAAUAAUGUCCCAGUGGGAAGAGAAGGACCCUUUGCUGCGAGUUUUUGACUCCCGAAUUGAGAAAAUAAGGCUAUAUAAUGUAAGGGCCCCUGCACUGCGGACAUCCAACUAUCAGAAAUGCAGCACUUUGAAAGAAGCAGCCCAGUCCAUCGAGCAGCGGCUGAUGAAGAUCGAUCACACGGCCAUCCACCCGCACUUACUUGAUAUGAAGAUCGGCCAAGGGAAAUACGAACAAGGAUUUUUCCCGAAGUUGCAAUCGGAUGUCUUGGCAACAGGACCUACCAAUAACAACCGCUGGGCCAGUCGCAGCGCGACCACGCAGCGGAGGAAAGACCGCCUGCGGCAGCACUCGGAACACAUCGGGCUGGACAACGAUUUGAGGGAGAAAUACAUGCAGGAGGCAAGGAGUUUAGGAAAAAAUUUAAGGCAGCCCAAACUCUCAGAUCUUUCUCCAGCUGUGAUUGCGCAGACCAACUGGAAAUUUGUGGAAGGGUUACUGAAGGAAUGUCGCAUGAAGACUAAACGCAUGUUGGUAGAGAAGAUGGGCCAUGAAGCAGUUGAACUGGGACAUGGAGAAGCCAACAUAACAGGUCUGGAGGAAAAUACGUUGAUUGCUAGUCUCUGUGAUCUGCUAGAAAGAAUCUGGAGCCAUGGUCUGCAGGUCAAGCAGGGGAAAUCUGCUUUGUGGUCCCAUUUACUUCAGUACCAGGAGAGAGAAGAGAAGCAAGAACAUAAUGCAGAGUCCCCAG